GGAGCGGAAGUGGGCAGCAAGAGGGCGGGGUGGGUGGCGGAAAGGGAGGGCGGGGGAAGUUAUUACAAGGCGCCCUCUUCCGCCGCUAGGGAGCGGAAGUUGCGGCCCGGUUGUGUCAACCCCGGGGCUGCAAGCUGAGAGUGUGGCUACGACAGGACAGUGACCAUGGGCGGGAAGAACAAGCAGCGGACGAAAGGGAACCUUAGGCCUUCAAACAGUGGUCGAGCUGCAGAACUCCUUGCCAAAGAACAGGGAACCGUGCCUGGAUUUAUUGGUUUUGGAACAUCUCAGAGCGAUCUAGGCUAUGUUCCUGCUAUUCAAGGAGCUGAAGAAAUUGACAGCCUUGUAGAUUCUGAUUUCCGAAUGGUGCUGCGGAAGCUUUCUAAGAAAGAUGUCACAACAAAAUUAAAAGCAAUGCAAGAAUUUGGAACCAUGUGUACAGAGAGAGACACAGAAGUUGUAAAAGGAGUUCUUCCAUAUUGGCCAAGAAUUUUCUGCAAAAUUUCACUUGAUCAUGACCGCCGGGUUCGAGAAGCCACACAGCAAGCUUUUGAAAAACUUAUCCUUAAAGUAAAGAAACAGUUGGCUCCCUAUUUAAAAAGUUUAAUGGGAUAUUGGCUAAUGGCUCAGUGUGAUACUUAUACACCAGCUGCGUUUGCAGCAAAAGAUGCAUUUGAAGCGGCUUUUCCUCCAAGCAAGCAACCAGAAGCCAUAGCAUUUUGUAAGGAUGAAAUUACAAGUGUGCUGCAGGAUCAUCUUAUAAAAGAAACACCUGAUACACUCAGUGAUCCACAAACUGUUCCAGAGGAAGAAAGAGAAGCUAAAUUCUACCGAGUUGUAACUUGUUCCUUAUUGGCAUUAAAGAAAUUGAUUUGCCUUUUACCUGACAAUGAGCUUGAUUCUCUGGAGGAGAAAUUUAAGUCUCUUUUUUCACAGAAUAAAUUUUGGAAGUAUGGAAAACACACUGUACCUCAGAUUCGCUCAGCUUAUUUUGAGUUAGUUUCUGCUUUGUGCCAGCGCAUUCCACAGUUAAUGAAAGAGGAAGCCUCCAAAGUGAGUCCCUCCGUCCUACUCAGCAUUGAUGACAGUGACCCAGUUGUCUGCCCAGCUCUCUGGGAAGCUGUACUUUAUACACUUACAACUAUUGAGGACUGUUGGCUUCAUGUAAAUGCAAAAAAAAGUGUUUUUCCCAAGCUGUCCGCUGUGGUUCGUGAAGGUGGUCGGGGUCUAGCUACUGUUAUAUAUCCUUAUCUUCUGCCAUUCAUCAGCAAACUCCCUCAGUCCAUUACAGAUCCAAAGUUGGAUUUCUUCAAAAAUUUCCUCACCUCUCUGGUUGCAGGGCUGUCAACAGAGAGAACGAAAACCAGCUUUUCAGAGAGCUCAGCAGUAAUAUCUGCUUUCUUUGAAUGUUUGCGUUUUAUAAUGCAGCAAAACUUAGGUGAGGAAGAGAUUGAAAAGAUGCUCAUCAAUGAUCAGUUGAUCCCAUUUAUUGACACUGUUCUCAGAGACUCAGAAUUGCAACAUGGGGAGCUGUUUAACCAUUUAGCAGAAACUUUAAGUUCCUGGGAAGUCAAAGCAGACAUGGAAAAAGAUGAUAAAACGGCUCAGAAGUUGGAGAACAUACUACUGCAUUUCUGGGAGAGACUGUCAGAGAUCUGUGUCGCGAAAAUCAAUGAGCCAGAAGCUGAAGUUGAGUCUGUUGUGGGUGUGUCAAACCUGCUACAGGUUCUUCAGAAGCCAAAGAGCUCACUGAAGUCAAAUAAAAAAAAAAAUGGUAAAGUUAGAUUUGCUGAUGAGAUACCCGAAACUACUAAAGACAAUGAAAAAAGUGUAUCUUCAGAAGGAGAGAAGAAUAAAACCUCGGAAUCAAGGAAUGAACCGUCUCUCACUCCUAACUCUUCAGACCUUUUGUCUCCUUUAAGGAAAAAGCCUUUGGAAGACUUAGUCUGUAAACUCUCAGAGAUGAGUAUUAAUUAUGUCAAUGAACAAAAAUCAGAGCAACAUCUAAGGUUUCUUUCUACUAUACUUGACUCCUUUGCUUCAAGCCAAGUAUUUAAAAUACUGCUUGGUGAUGAAAAACAGAGUAUUGUCAAAGCCAAACCUCUUGAAAUAGCCAAACUUGCACAAAAAAAUCCUGCGGUGCAGUUUUUAUACCAGAAACUAAUAGGUUGGCUAAAUGAAGACCAAAGGAAGGAUGCUGGUUUCCUGGUAGACAUUUUGUACAGUGCCCUUCGUUGCUGUGACAGUGACUUGGAAAGAAAAGAUGUCUUGGACGAUCUUACUGAGGUGGACCUGAAUUGGAAUUCGCUUCUUCAGAUUAUUAAAAAGGCAUGUUCUAGUUCAGAUAAACAUGCUUUAGUAACUCCUUGGCUGAAAGGUAAUGUCCUUGGAGAGAAAAUGGUAACCUUGGCAGAUUGUCUUUGUAAUAAGGACUUGAAAUCCAGACUAUCUUCAGAAUCUUACUUCUCAGAAAGAUGGACUCUUCUAAGUUUGGUAUUAUCCCAACAUGUUAAAAAUGAUUACUUGAUUGGAGAAGUAUAUGUUGAAAGAAUUAUUGUUAAACUCCAUGAAACUUUAUCCGAAACAAAGAAAUUGUCAGAAGCUGAAAAUAGUGACUCAUCAGUGUCUUUUAUCUGUGAUGUGGCCUAUAAUUAUUUCAGCUCAGCAAAAGGAUGCUUGCUAAUGCCAUCAUCUGAAGAUUUAUUAUUAACUCUCUUUCAGUUAUGUGCUCAGAGCAAAGAAAAAACACAUUUGCCAGAUUUUCUUAUCUGUAAACUGAAAAACACUUGGCUCUCUGGUGUAAAUUUAUUGGUUCAUCAAACUGGCAGUACAUACAGAGAAAGUACCUUCCUACAUUUGUCUGCUCUGUGGCUGAAGAACCAAGUUCAGUCCUCAUCUUUGGAUAUCAAAAGUCUUCAACUCCUCUUAUCUGCUGUUGAUGAUUUGCUGAAUGCACUUCUGGAGAGUGAGGAUUCUCAUCUUCUGAGAGUUUACAUUGGAAGUGUAAUGCCAGACAAUAGUGAAUGGGAAAAGAUGAGACAAUCUCUUCCUAUGCAGUGGUUACAUAGACCUCUUUUAGAGGGAAGACUAAGUUUGAAUUAUGAGUGUUUCAAAACAGAUUUUAAGGAACAAGAUAUAAAGACACUUCCCAGCCAUUUAUGUACUUCAGCAUUAUUGAGCAAAAUGAUCUUAGUUGCACUGAAAAAGGAAAUAGUCCUAGAGAAUAAUGAACUCGAGAAAAUAAUUGCAGAGCUACUGUAUUCACUGCAGUGGUGUGAAGAAUUAGACAAUUCUCCUAUUUUUCUAACUGGAUUUUGUGAAAUGCUUCAAAAAAUGAAUAUUACAUAUGAUAACUUACAUGUACUUGGUAAUACUUCUGGCCUUUUGCAGCUGUUAUUUAACAGAUCUAGGGAACAUGGCGCACUUUGGUCUCUUAUUAUUGCUAAGUUGAUUAUUUCCCGAAGCAUUUCAUCUGAUGAAGUAAAACCACAUUAUAGGAGAAAAGAAAGUUUUUUUCCAUUAACCGAAGGCAAUUUGCAUACCAUUCAAAGUCUGUGUCCAUUUUUGUCAAAAGAAGAAAAGAAAGAAUUUAGCGCCCCGUGUAUACCUGCUCUUUUGGGCUGGACUAAAAAAGACCUUUGCAGUACUGAUGGUGGUUUUGGACAUCUUGCUAUUUUCAAUUCUUGUCUGCAGACAAAAAGCAUAGAUGAUGGAGAGUUAUUGCAUGGUAUAUUAAAAAUCAUAAUAUCCUGGAAGAACGAACAUGAAGAUAUUUUUCUUUUCAGUUGUAAUCUGUCAGGAGCAAGUCCAGAGGUUUUGGGUAUAAAUAUAGAAAUAAUUCGUUUCCUUUGCCUAUUUCUGAAAUACUGCUCAGCUCCUUUGGCAGAGAGUGAAUGGGACUUCAUCAUGUGCUCCAUGUUGGCUUGGUUGGAGACAACAAGUGAGAAUCAGGCAUUAUAUUCUCUUCCACUCGUGCAACUGUUUGCCUGUGUCAGCUGUGAUUUGGCCUGUGACCUCAGUGCUUAUUUUGAUUCCACAACUCAGGAUACUGCUGGCAAUCUUCCUGUAAAUCUAAUCAGUGAAUGGAAAGACUUUUUUUCUCAAGGCAUCCACAGUUUGCUUUUACCUAUUUUGGUGACUGUUACAGGAGAAAACAAAGACAUAUCUGAAACAUCCUUUCAGAAUGCAAUGCUGAAGCCCAUGUGUGAAACAUUAAAAUAUAUUUCCAAAGAUCAGCUUUUGAGUCACAAACUUCCUGCAAGAUUGGUUGCUGACCAAAAAACAAACUUGCCAGAAUAUCUCCAGACUUUGCUGAAUACAUUGGCCCCGCUACUCCUCUUCAGAGCUAGACCUGUGCAAAUUGCUGUUUAUCAUAUGUUAUACAAAUUGAUGCCUGAGUUACCACAAUAUGAUCAGGAUAAUCUAAAGUCUUAUGGAGAUGAAGAAGAAGAACCAGCCUUGUCACCACCAGCAGUGCUGAUGUCUCUUCUUAGCACUCAAGAGGAUUUAUUGGAAAAUGUUUUGGGGUGUGUUCCUGUUGGACAGAUAGUUACUAUUAAGCCACUGAGUGAAGACUUCUAUUAUGUUCUGGGAUACCUCCUCACUUGGAAAUUAAUACUUACUUUCUUCAAAGCUGCUUCCUCUCAGCUUCGGGCUCUGUAUUCAAUGUACCUUCGGAAAACAAAGAGUUUGAAUAAAUUGCUUUAUCACCUGUUCAGGCUUAUGCCAGAAAACCCAACCUAUUCAGAGACAGCUAUUGAGGUCUCAAAUAAGGACCCUAAAACAUUCUUUACUGAGGAGCUCCAGCUGAGUAUUAGAGAAACAGCAACUCUUCCGUACCAUAUUCCACACUUGGCUUGUUCAGUCUAUCACAUGACAUUGAAAGACUUGCCUGCCAUGGUUAGGUUGUGGUGGAAUAGCAGUGAGAAGCGUGUUUUCAAUAUUGUAGAUAGAUUUACAAGCAAGUAUGUCAGCAGUGUUCUUUCUUUUCAAGAAAUAUCUUCUGUGCAAACAAGUACACAACUGUUUAAUGGCAUGACGGUUAAAGCUCGAGCUACUACUCGAGAAGUAAUGGCUACUUAUACUAUUGAGGACAUAGUCAUUGAACUUAUUAUACAGUUGCCUUCAAAUUACCCGCUGGGUUCAAUAACGGUGGAAAGUGGGAAGAGAGUUGGCGUGGCUGUUCAGCAGUGGCGGAACUGGAUGCUGCAGCUGAGCACCUACCUCACCCAUCAGAAUGGAAGUAUAAUGGAAGGCUUAGCAUUGUGGAAAAAUAAUGUAGACAAACGUUUUGAGGGUGUUGAAGAUUGUAUGAUCUGUUUCUCAGUCAUUCAUGGUUUCAACUAUUCUCUUCCCAAAAAAGCCUGUAGAACAUGCAAGAAAAAGUUCCAUUCAGCCUGCUUGUACAAAUGGUUUACAUCUAGCAACAAAUCCACUUGUCCACUCUGUCGGGAGACCUUUUUCUGAGUUCCCCCACUGGAAGUGGUGAUCCCUGAAGGAAAUCAAGCAGAGGCCUUGGAUUCGGAUCCAUCAUAAAGUGCUGAUGUGUGGAAGCCAGUGAACAUUACUUUCAGAUAGGACCUUCUCUGGAAAAUUAUUUUGGUUAAUAUAAUAAUCCUGAAAUCAGGUUUGCUUAUCUUUAGAUUGCUUUGUAAAUGUUUAGAAACCUUUUCUUUUACAAAAGAAUAUUACGUACUUGAGAGAAAAUAUUUAUAUUAAUGGUUUAAUCUCUUUGUAUAUUAAAGAAUAAAUAUGAAAAACCCCUAAAUUACAGAAUUGGAAUUUGUGAAAACAUUGUGCAAAUAUAUAAUAAUAUUAAACCCAUUCAGUUUGUUGAUCUGUGUUCUAGAACAGCCCAAGGGAAGCAAAGUGAAUCGAGGGAGCUGAUUUACAUCUACAGAUAUUUUAAAACUUUAUUUAUUAGUUAUGACAAUAAAAUUAGUAGUAUUCUGAUUAUAGAUUAUUUUAAUGAUAAAAUGAUACUAAGUUAUUAAUAUGGCUUAUCUUAAGCUACUUAAAGCAUGCUCUGAAAUCCUACAUAAAAGAGUGGAAACUGAACUUGAAGGUACUUCCGUUUAUCAAGGGUUAUGAAAUUCAGAAAAUUAAAUUGAUGACAAUGACCUUUUGCUUGUGGAAGAAUUAUUUCCGUGGAUUGGUGAAAUUUACAUUGUAAACUUGUCAGUGAAUUUAUUAUUCAGUUUGAGUCCCCAGAGGGUGAGAAUUUCAAAAAAUAAUAAUUCAAUCCUUUCAUUUGUGAAGCAGAAGGAUAGUUAUUUCUCUAUUGAGAGGGAAGAAAUACAUGAAUAAAUAUUUUGAAACUUAAAGACUGGUGAAAAAAACAAAACAUUUAAAAAUAUUCUAGGAAGCUUUCAAUUUUGUAAGCAAAUUUUUGCUGUUCUUACCAGGCAUAGUUUCGCUAAAUAAGGGAUUUGGGGGAGCAAACUUUUUACAGCCCUCAGAAGUGAAGGUUAAGGAUUUUAACACUAGGUAUAAUUUAGUAUAACAAGCUGAAGUGGUGGAGUAAGUAAAAGCCUGCCUUUUUGCCAUGACACUAUUACCCUUAAAAAUUGGGUCAAAAAUAUAAAAGUUUGGAAACUUAGAAAUUAGAAUAAUUUUAUUACAGUCUUCCAUUACAUGGGAAAUAACAUAUCUAAUAGCAAGGUUACCUGAGAGGUCAGCCAGUCAUCUGUGUUGCACAUGUUUAACUGGUAAAAAGCAACUCAUGUCAAAUAAAAUUAUGCUUACCAUCAACUGAGUAAAAUGACUAUUAUUGCACUAGUAUGAACGUGGUCAGAGGAUUGUAGUUGAGAGUGAAGUAUUAUAUAUGAGUUACAGAUCUCGAGUUGUAUUUGUAGAUGCAUUGCCCUAUCCAGUUUUGUUUAUCUCUUUAAUUUUUCUGUGUAGUAUUUAUUAUUACCUUGAGGCAUAAAGAAUAGGUACAGAUAGCAAAAUUUUACUACCUCUUAUUAAUCCCCUUUCUUGAAAUGUUCUCUUAUCUGUGUCUCACUCUGACAUAGUAAUCUAAAAGGAUUGUGUUACUCCCCAAUGGAAACUACACACUUUUCCUUUAAAAAUGGUUUUAUAAUAAGACUGUGUUUAUAACCUUUCCAGUAUUGGUACUUCUUGGCUUCUGACCCAGACCCCAUGUAGAAAAAAAGAAAAGGGAAUAUUGGAGUAUUGUUUUUCCACAUUAGUAUUAAGGCAUCCAGUUCUUGGCAAAACACUAUAAUUAUGUAGUUAUAAUUAAUUACUCUUCAUACUUAGGAUUCAAUACACUUCUUUACGAUUUGUAAGUAUAAUUGUAAAGCUUGUUAUUGUUUAUAAUGCUAAAAAAAAAAAAGCUUUCCAAAAUAAGACUGAAAUUCAGAAUGCUACUUUAAAGUUUUAUUUAUAUAGCUUUGACAACAAUAAUAAAAAGCAGCUAUUAAAAUAUAAGCAUAAGAACAUUUAAAAGUCGCAUGAAAUUCAAAGCCCAUUAGCAAAAUUAUUAAUUUAAGACCCCCAAAGUAGACUGCAAAUUUUUAAAUUUAUUUUUGACUUUUUAUCACAUGCUCUAAUGUAUGUACAUAAGUUCUGUGGCUUUAAUAUGUUAUUACCUGAUACAUUUUCGUGGUAUGAAUAAUUAAUGUUAUUAUUUGUUAUACCACAUAUGCCCAUUGAAAUUCUUAUAAAUUACAAAAUAUUUCAAAUAUAGAGAAAAAUAAUAAUAUCAAUGCCCUUGUAUUCUUCACAUACUAUUUUGCCAUAUUUGCUUCUAGUUUUUAAAGAAAUAAAAUGAUGCUCUU